AUGGGAAUGUGUCAUACCAAAAAGCUAAAAGAAAACAAAAAUACAUCAAUUCUCAGUUAAACUCAACCCAAAGCUAAAAUUCCUUAAACCACAGAACAAAUACUUGAAUUUGCUAUCACAGAGCCUUUUGAAGAUAGUAAUCUAUUCUACAUAUCUCAAUAAUCUAAACCUAAAAGCUAAUUACCUAAACAUUAAAGUCCAACCUACUCAUUGAAUCUCUCCAAUUAUAAAUAUCGUUUUUCUUCCAAAUAUGUUCACUAAGAAUUCAAACUUUAUGAGAGUAUCAUAUAUAUUUAUCACUUAGAAUAACUUAUAAUUCAUAGAGAGAGUGGGUUACCAUAUUAUCUUGAGAUUUUAGAAUCUAAUUCUGAGAACAGAGGAUUGAUUAGAAAAUUGUUUAAUCCCUCUUCUCAUACUAACCAAUCAGAUCAAACAAAUAUCUUUAACAUUGUUGAGAUAUGUUUAUAAAAUAGAUUUAUUUUGGUUGUUAGACAAUAUUUAGUAACUAACAGUCUUGAAUCACAAUUAUAAAUUCUCAAAUCGAAUUUUAAUACUUUAUCAAUUUCCGUCAAUAAGAUAAUUAAAAUCAUAACGAUACUACAUUCAUUAAAUAUAAUUCAUUUUAAUUUGAGUAUCAAAUCGUUCUAAUAUUAAUAAAUAUCAGAAUCAAUAUAUCUAAAUAAUAUAUCAGAUUUAUAUAAUAGCGAUGAAAUAAACUUUUAAUAUAUCUCCCCAGAAUAAUUAAAUUACAUUCCCUAUUUUACAAAAGAAUGUAAUCUAUGGUCUUUAGGUAUGAUUAUCUGUUAAAUGAUGGAUUGUCCAAAAAUUCCAAUCUAUAAUAAUAAUUUGAAUAAAUUUAAAAGAGAUAUAGAAAAAUGGAAACCAAAACAGUCAGUUAAGUAUAUUUAAAAUAGAGAACUUUAAGAAUCUAUUCUUAAAAUGUUAUCAAAAGACCCUAAUCAAAGAUGUUUUUGA